GAAACAUAAGCGUACCCGGAAGUGUGUUUAGCGAGGUUCAUCCGACAUAAAUGGAGUCCUAAGUUAGAUUUUUAACUUAUUGCUUUUUAGUCAGCUUUUGUCGAUUAUUAAUGUCUGUUUUCAAUACUUCUAGGGGAAUUUCUGUGAACUUUAAUGUUAGUUUUAAGUGUAGCGUCGUGAAAGCAGCUUAUGAAUACAGACUCUCGUUCCUGUGACUUUUGAAACAGUAGAUGCUUCACAGUGUAAAUCUGUAGAAACCCUGAAUGAUGAGUUUCAGCGCUCUGUCUCUGAGAACACUGCUCCUUCUGGGGGUCUGGCACACCGGAAGGAGGAGCUUCACCUCAGCUGCAGGCCUGACCGAGCCACCCAAGAGUAUAGCUGUGGUUGGAGCGGGAAUCGGUGGAACAGCAGCAGCGUUUUACCUCAGGCAGGAGUUCGGACCUGCUGUCAAGAUCGACGUGUUUGAACCCGACGCCGUCGGAGGCCGACUGGCAACGGUGAAGAUCGGGGAGUUCGAGUACGAGACCGGAGGCUCGGUGAUCCAUCCGCUGAACCUCCACAUGAAGCACUUCAUUGAAAAACUAGGUAUUCCUUCAAGAAAAAACCUCCCCUCUAAAAUGGCCAUUUUUGACGGAAAGGAGCUCGUGUUUGAAGAGAGCGACUGGUUUAUUGUUAACUUCUUUCGUAUGCUCUGGCGGUAUGGAUUCAGUUUUCUUCGAAUGCAGAUGUGGGUGGAGAGCGUUUUAGACAAAUUCAUGAGGGAGUUCUGUCAGUCUCUACGAGGUUAACUACGUUGGAGACUCGGGCUCGGCGCACUCUCUGUACGACAUCGUGGUCGUCGCGACGCCUCUUCAUCAGGGAAAGUCCGACAUCACGUUCUCAGGGUUUGCCCCUCCCAUCCCGUCUCACUACCCGGGCCUCUACCACCAGACGGUCGCCACUUUGGUCCACGGCAAGCUGAACGUGUCCUACCUGGGUACCUCCGAGCCGGCCUCCGACUUCACCGUGUCAGAGAUCCUCACCACGGACUCCAAGGGGUGUACCAUCAACAGCCUGGGCUGCCUCGACCCCGUGCACAUCCCCAAUGGCUACAGACGACCCUCCGCCGGCCACAGCGCAGUCUGGAAGGUGUUCUCCCCGCAGCCUCUGAGCCCGGAGCAGCUGCGGGAGAUGUUCCUCUCCUACGACUCCGUGUCCGAGGCCCGGUGGCUCGCCUACCCGACUUACCGCCCGCCGCACCGGAAGACCCCUCCUUUCAUCCUGCACGACCGGCUGUACUACCUCAACGCCGUGGAGUGGGCGGCCAGCGCCAUGGAGAUGAGCGCCAUCGCUGCCAGGAACGUGGCCCUGCUGGCGCACCACCGCUGGCACCAGCAGGUCACGAAGAUCGACCAGGAAGACCUGCACACCCGACUCAGAGGAGAACUCUGAAAAACAGAAAAGAAAGAAACUAGAGGGGCUUGUGAUCUGCACAAACGUCUAAUUUCUAACUAUUAAUUACCAUUCACUCAAAAUGAUGCUUAUAUUGAGGCGCUGUGCUCUCAGAUCACAGCAGAUUAGCUGCAGCAGUGCGACCAAAUUGAAAGCUUGCGCUGAGCUGAAGAGUUUAAACACUGUGAGUCAAGCUGCACUGAGGGGCAGACCCACAAGUCUCCCUGUUUCUGUGUGAGUCUGUUGGUUUUCUGUUUUACAGUCGAUCAAAUCUGCUUCUUUUGCUUUUUAGCCAGAUCUUUGCUCGUGGUCCACUAUUUACAAUAAGUCUCCAGUUCUGAUUAAAGCAUCUUCUAAUAGCUUUCCAGGCUGGCCUCUCAUCCGACUACUGAAAAUGAGUGUUUUUUUAGAAACAGGGUUUCUGCCUGAUCUUAAAGUCGAAAAAACGUCUAAAUUUUAGGCCUUAAAAAGUCUAAAAUUCACUAAAGUAUUGUGUUCACCAAAUCAUUUUUAAUAGGUCUUAAUUUUCUAAUGCCCAUGUAAUGCUACCUCAAAUAAUUAAUAAAAAGCUCCUGCGACACUUAUUUAUCGAUUGAAUAUGGUUAAAACUACAACCAGCCAAUCAGCUUUGUUGUUACUAGCUGUCGCUAACAUAUAGGAAAAAUGCUCAUUUAACAUUUAUCUUCAAAGGAAUGAGGUUAAAGCAUCCAUCCAGCUGGUGCUCAUACCCAGCAGUCACUGUGUGAGGGGUGGGCUACACCCUGGAUGGGUCUCCAGUCCAUCACAGGGACACACAAACUACAGACAAUUAGGAGUACUAAUUAAUCUUAAGAGGAAAACCAUACAUGCACAGAGACCUUCUUGCUGAUAGGCAAGAGCUCUACCAACUGAACCACAGCUGCCUAGGUUUAAAAGUUUCAUUUUGUAGUUUUCUGUCUUUAAUGAAGUUCUUAAUGGUCUUAAAUUUGUGUUGGUGAAACCUGAAGGAACCCUGUAGAAAUUGUGUGCAUUAAACAGCGAGGAAUAAGAUGUCUUGUUUUCUAAAUUUGUGUUAAUUUUCAGAUAUUUACUAAUCAAUAAUUGGGCGAUCCCAACCCACAUUCUGUGUAGAAUUUCAGCUUUGUGGAGAAAAAGAUGUGAUUGUGCCUUAAAAUGUGUCUUUAAUAAUUCCUAAAUGUUUUCUUUGCUCUAUUUUUUUUGUUUCACUUUUCAAGAACAAUUAAAAGCCAGACCACACUGAGUGUUUUAAAGUGUUUACAAUCACAAUAAAGUGAUAAAGAGUUCA